ACCCUCUUACAUGAGGUUUAGAAGAACUUAGUAAUGAAACAAUACUGACAAAGCACACAAAAAUAUGCCACCGAGUUGUAUUCACGGCUUCUGUUUAUUCUGUGCCCCAUUGCUAUAACCGCCACAGGGAAACAGGUUUGUGAGGAGAAGGCAUGAAUGUCACGGCCAUUGAAAAUUUUUUCUGUGUGAUAUAUAAUAUUUCCUUCAUGAACUGCACUUGGCAUGUGGACAGGAACGCUUCAGGAGAUACCCAGUAUUUCUUGUACUGGAAGACCUCAAGGAAAGAAGAUUUCCUCAGCUGCCAGAAUUACAUCAAAGAUAAUUGUGGAAGGCACACAGGAUGUAGAUUCCAAAAUGUGACGAUAGAAGGCAGUAGCAAAGCUUAUUUCCUGGUGAAUGAGUCUAGAAACGGACAAAAUAUUUUGCCCUACAGAAAGACAAUUUAUCUGUACGAAAUUGAGAAGCUCACCCCUCCAUUAAAUGUCACUGUGAACUGUACAGGAGUUUCUCACAGUUGUGAAAUUCAGUGGCAACCACCUCGUACAAGUCGUGUGCACAUAGGUGACACUUGUUUCAAAUAUGAAAUUGUCAUAGAAAAGAAGGCAGAUCCUGAGGAAGGAAUCAAAACCACAUCUAAAAUGGAAAGGAACAUCACAGGAAAUUCCUAUAUAUUUGACAGCUUCAGUGCAAAAAAAAGGUACAGCGUCAAACUCAGAGCUACUAACAAUCACUGUUCAGUGAGCGAAAACUGGGGGGAGUGGAGUACACCCGUAGAGUUUGGAAGAGAACAACUUACAUCUAUUUCAUCAUAUACAUUACUUCUGAUAUCAGUGGUAGCAGCAAGUCUUGUACUUUUCCUCUGCAUUGUAACCAUUUAUUUGAAAACAGUACCUGCUACUGUACUACAACCAAAAGACCUAUUCCAUGAUAUCUCUCCAGUGAAUUUCCAGACCGAGAAUCAAUUAAUAAAGCAUGAAACUGAAGAAAUAAUAACAAUUAUUGAAGAAGCGGCAUAAUGGCAUGCAAGAGAAGAGUUUUCUUUUAUCAUGCAAAUUAUUAUAUAUCUUGUUGGCAGUAACUUACAGGUUUUUCAUAUCCUCCCUCUUGUAAGCAGCAUUGCCUGAGCAGACAAGUCUUCUGUAGCUUGUUGUUAAAAAAUUUUGUAUUAUUUGCUUGCAAAUAAUAAAUAUUUUCUAUAAA